UUUAUUACAGCUUGCUAGCAAGAGGGAAGAUGGCCAACUAAUGUCCAAAACAACCAUUUGAAAGGGCACAGAAUCUUAAAGUGGUUAUAUGGGCCAGUGGGUUAUAGGGGAGGCGUUAGGAAUGUUGACCCUCUGGUAUUACAAACUGGGAACUGCCACACCAGAUCUUUCAGUUUUCAUGAAUGAUGACUACCAGUACAGACUCUCUGUUCCAGGGUCAUCACAUUCCUAAGGAACUCAAAAGAACGAAGUUAUCGUCUUAUCGCAGCUGGGAGAUACAUGCACAAGCAGGGAUCAUAAAAUCUACAGAGCAGGUGGAUCUCCUGGAGGAUGUGAAUCCAGCUGGGUUAGUCAGAUGUCAUUCAAAGUUACAAUGUAGUCUCUUUUCUACAAUAUGGCUUCACUUAUGUCAACCUUGUAUUGAGCCAGUUUCAAUCUCACAUAACAGGAAGUCCAGAGGCAACAUAGACUUUGGGGCUGGUUAAUUUGAUGGCUCAAGUUAUCAAGGACCCAAUUUCUUUCGGUCUCUCUGCUCUGCUGUAAACAUGGUAGGUUUCAAAUUCAUACUAAAGUGAUUUGCCAGAUGUCUACCAGGAACAAUCAGGACCACAUGCUUUCUUUUCCAGCUAAAAUCUUUCCUCCUGGUUUUUUGAGCCAAUUAGUUCACACAGGUACAUACUCUGCCUCCCAAUCAGUAACUACCUGGCAAAUGUGCGGAUGGUGUAAGCCUGGGUUCCAGAAGGGGAAAGGGGUUACCAUAAUUGGAACUGGCAGUGUGGUAGGUGCUCCUUGAGUGACAUGGGUUGCAACGUGGACGUACGGCUACUUGAGUCAAACUGGAGUCCUGGAAGGGGCGAGAAGACAAUGGAUGCUAGGUGCAUGAUCACCACUAUCCUUCACAAUCUUCAGAGCACAGAAAGAGCACAGAAAAUCAGAAAGGCUGAUUGCUUUCUGUUUCCUAACCACAGAGCCUCCCUCUCAUCACUCCUGAUUUUGUGUGUAGCCAUUGGAGGGGAGGAAGCUCUGUAGCACUGUCCCCCAAAGGAAUUCCCUUCCUAUGGACCACCAAGCCCUUUCCUUUCUUUUUUCUAGAGAAGGAAAAGACUGCACUCAAGUUCAGUCUUUAGCGCAGCAUCCUGCUGCAUUGGUCUCAAGAGUUUUCUUUGGGCCUCAUCCACCCACCAGGAUUCUAAUGGUUCUAAACACUCAUUUAACAUUCAUUCAUUCAUGUACCCAUUAUGAACCAGGGAUUGAACCAGAUGUGGAGUUUACAGUGGUGAGUAAACCAGAUGUGGUUUCUGCCCUCGUGGAGCUGCUAGUCUGGUUGGGAAGAGGAAUAUAAAACACAAAUGAGCAUAAAAUUAUGCUAAGUGCUAGGAAGGAGAACAGUGGUGUGUGGAGGAGGCCUGUCUGAGGAAAUGAGAGUUAAGCUGAGAUCCAAAGCCUCUCCUCCUUUCAGCUUACUGCUGUCCUCUGUGCUUUGACUUCCCAGUAUAAAUUAUAACCUUCAUUAGCAACUAAAACAGACCUCUUAAUAUCGAAACUUCUAAACUGAUUCUCAGAUAUUCUCCUGGAUACAGAACUAUCAGGUUUCUUCCCACAACAAAGAGUAUACCAAAUAUGAAUGGCAUUUGGUGAUGAAUUCUGGAAGAUUCUUCAACUCACAAGUCUUUUAGACUUAGAACCCUUUAUUAGACUAAUACAUUUGUUUCUGCCUCCUCCAUGAGAAUUUGAACUCCUGGGGACAUGGAUCAUAUCUCACUAAACUUUUUCCAGCACCCAGCAUGGUCCCUGGCACAGGUCGGUGCUCAAUACAGGGUUGAAUUACAUUGUUAAAUCUGAGUCAGAUUCAUACAGGGGCAAUCACCUUCAGUACUCAUUUUCCAUUUUGAAAGACUAUAAGCAAACAGCUCAGGCAAACAUAUUAAUAACAAAAGCUCAAGAAUCUCUACAGGAGCGGUGAGCUGGCCGCCGCUCAGGGGAGGCUCCUCUAGGACGAGUUACCUGUCCCCCCGCAGCCAUGGCUCCAUCCUCCAGAAGAGAUGGCUUCAUCACAUUUUGCCAGUCGACUGAGAAAGGAUUUAAGUAUUGAUAUGAUUAGAAUUAAAAUUGUUCAUAGGAAAUCUCUAUCUCAGAAAGCAAACAGACACAAGGAAUAUGAACAAAAUAGACGCUUUGGUUUGAAAGAUGUCAACAUUCCAACCUUGGAACGUAGAAAUCUUGAAUUAGAGGAGACAUCUCAGGAGCUUAUUCCAGAAGAGAUGAGUGUCAAGCCAAGGUCAGUGAAAUCUGUUCUAAGUGAUCAACGAAGACAAAUGCUCCAGAAAUACCAGGAGGAAAAGCAACUUAAAAAAUUGAAAGAGCAGAGAGAGAAAGCUCAACAAGGAGUAUUUAAAGUGGGUCUUUAUAGACCUGACAAGCCUUGUUUUCUUUCAGCAAUAACAGAAUACCACCCAAAAAAGAUUGGUAAUGGGAGUGAUGUUCGAGCAACCCGAUCUGGUCAAAGACAAUCUUCUGAAAAGAAAGUGUCCACCGAGAAAACAGCAGGGCAGCCUGCAACGCCCACAGCGAAGCAGACCGCGGGAGCAGCCUCCGCCGGUGCAGCCUCUGCGAAAGCAGCCUCCGCCGCGCCGGCCACAGGAGCGACGCGUGAUAAAGAAACAGAAAGAAAAGUACCCAAUCAAGGAAGGCCUGCCAAAAAGAUAGAAAGAAAACCUGGCAAGGUCGUUUCCUUUAAAGUUGAUAGUGAAGAAAAUACUUUGGAGUCACAAACCAAUGUGACAAACGGAACGGAUCCAGAUGGAGUCUUAUCAAAAAUGGAAAAGUUACCUAAGUCAAAUCCUGCAGCAGUGAAAGGGAGGCCAUCCUUCGCACCAGUAGAUUUCGUAUUUCGGCCUCCAGAUGGUCUGAAGAGCUACGAGAUAACACCUUGGACGCCCACAAAAACCACUGCGUGGACGCCCGCUUACAGCUGCAGCUCUUUAAACACGGAAGUUGACAAGGCUCUAGAAGCAACAAAAGAAAUUUUGGCACAGAAAUGUAAACCUUCAGCACAUCAAGAUUACGAUGAAUUUCGCCGUCCUUUGCGUUCCCUAGCAGUCGGGAGCACAGAUCGUGUCUUAAAGAAAAAUGAAACUACUACUGAAAAUCUACAUGGCCUUCCAAUAAAAGAAGUCCCAUCACUUGAAAUAAAUGAGGAUCAGACAUCUCAGCAACCACACGUGCUGUAUUUCAGAAAUAUUCUCCAGUCAGAAACUGAAAAACUAACUUCACACUGCCUUGAGUGGGAAAGGAAGCUUGAAUUGGACAUUCCAGAGGCCAAAGACCUCAUUCGCCUGGCAGUUGGUCAAACAAGACUCCUUAUGAAAGAAAGGUUCAAACAGUUUGAAGAACUGGUGGCCAAUUGUGACUAUAAACGAGGAGAAAAGGAUACCACCUGUACAGACCUGGAUGGCUUUUGGGAUAUGGCUAGCCUUCAGAUAUGGGAUGUAAACCAAAAAUUCAACAAUCUGACCAAACUGGAGGAGUGUGAAUGGCAAAACAAUAAUAAUACAAGCAAAAAAGUCUUUCAGAAAAAAGUUGUUUCGGGUAUAGCAAGUAAACCAAAACAGGACGAUGCUGGGAGAAUUGCAGCCAGAAGUCGCCUCGCUGCUGUGAAGAAGGCAGUGAGAGAGAGGACACGGGGAGAGCAGGCCGAGGCCGCGGGCUCUGCAGCGCCGAAGGAAGUUGAUCAAAUAGUGUUUGACGCUGGAUUUUUUAGAAUUGAAAGUCCCGUUAAAUCGUUCUCAGUAUUUGACAAUAAAAAUCUUAUGACUGAAUGCCAUCUUCUUGAUUCACCACGCCCAGGGUGCAGCAAUCCCUUCACACAAGUGCAGAGGAGACGACAGGAGCAUGCCAGACAUACUUCCUUUGGUGGGGACUUAAUUGCCUUUUCACCUCCAACGCCUCCUAAUGGAAAUCAACCAGAAGAAUUGUGA